AUGUCUGCUGGGAGCCACGCAGUUCCGGAGGAUGUCGAGACAAGAGCCGCCUUCACAGGGAGAUCCUCCACGCUGAAUGAGCGUAUUGGGGGCGUAACAAAGACGGAGAGUUCGCCCUUGUUGUCAUCAACUCCUGUCACAGUGUCAAAAGUUUUAGUGAAAUCAUAUCCAUACUUCGUGAUUGCUGAUAAACUAUUGAGUGUGCUGACAUGGACCAAUGAAGAUACAUGGUUAAGUCUGCUGGUUGUGGGUAUCUAUGCUACUUUGGUGCUUUAUUUUGAAUCAAUUGUUACUUAUUUCGGUCAUAUAUUAGCUGUGGCCAUCUUGGUGGCUUAUUCAAUAUUGAGUAAACAUGUUGAAACCACGUUACAAUCCAAACCAACCUUAGAUGAUAUUGUGCAAUUACUUACCACUGUCACAGUUAAAGCUGAUUUAUUUUUCAAUCCAAUAACUUCAUUAGCUUUAACUUCAUAUGAUAUUAAAAGAUUGCUCUUCACUACAAUUUUCCUUUCACCUUUAUAUGUUAUAAUAACUUAUUUCAUAUUAACACCAAGAACUUUGUUAUUAUUAUUAGGACUUUAUUGUUUAACUUAUCAUUCAAUUUUCUCAAGAGUUACAAGAAAAGUAUUAUGGAAAUUUAGACUAGUAAGAUUAUUAUCAUUUUAUUUAACAGGUUUAGAUUUUGGUGGUAUUAAUAUUAAUAAAGAUUCUGGUAUCUUUGCAGCUGUUAAAAAAGUUAAUGAAAGAGUUGGUAUUAAGAAUAAAGAUGGUAAACCAAUUGUUUUCACUUAUGUUCUUUAUGAAAAUCAACGUCGUUGGUUAGGUAUUGGUUGGACUCCAAAUUUAUUAAGUUAUGAAAGAACUGCAUGGACUGAUGAAUUUUUAAAUGAAUCAUCACCAACUGAUAAAUUUGAAUUACCAGAAACUGAAAUUGGUUCAGGUCUUGUAUGGAGAUGGGUUGAUAAAUCAUGGAGAUUAGAUUUAACUAAUGAUGGUGCAUUUCAAUUACCAAGUUCUAAACCAAGAUCCACAGCAAAUCCUGGAAUUGAUGAUGGAUUUAUUUAUUAUGAUAAUACAUGGAAAAAACCAUCAACUGAAGAUUCAUUUUCCAAAUAUACAAGAAGAAGAAGAUGGAUUAGAACUGCAGAAUUAGUUCCUAUAAAUUCCAAAUCAACAACAUCAACUACCACCUCAAAUACAUCACCAAAUAAUUCAUCAACUACAACACCAACAAAAUCAACAAUACAACAUGAUCUUAUAAAUUCUAAAAAGGAACCAGUUCCAAUAGCAGAAAUUCAAAAUGUUCAGGCAUCAGGUAUAACAUCAGAAAAUUCAUCAUCACAAGAUGAUAAUAAAACUGCAAGAAAACGUAAAAGUUUAAGAUUUGAUGAUCAUCCAACAGUUUUAGAAUCUGUAAAAGCUUUAGAAUUGAGUAAAAAAAAUAAAGAAAAAGAAUUACAUAAAGAUCAAGAUAAAGAUCAUCAAAUUGAUGAAAAAGAGAAUCAAGAAGAGUUUGGAAAUAGUUUAAAAGAAAAGGAAAAAGAUAAUUAG